AUGGCAGACUCACCACGCUCGCCCAAGAGGCGGCGUAUUCUCGCCUCAAUCAACCGCCCAGAUCACGAUGCCGGCAGCGAUAGCGAUGAAUACGGCCCAAGACCAGCAGGCCAACCAAGCAAGACGUAUCGCGAUAUGCCCCGCCAUAAAUCAACCCCUCCAGGCGAGGAACCACCAGACGCCAAAGAUGAACCGCAUCAGUCAGAGAAACAGGACGAUCCUAUGCCUACAGAUGGCUCAAACCAAACCCCAGAAGCAGACGGCAACUCUACGAAGCCGAAACCCACCAAAUUCCGCUUCAAAUCCAAGUCCUCCCGCUCCCGCCGAGAUCGCGAUAAAGACCGGGAGGAAAGGGAUCUCGACAGAGACAAACGCAGAUCCAGCUCCAGAGACCGCACCUCCUCGCAAUCCCACCGCCACCGUCACAGGUCCCGCUCCCCCUCCGACAAACACCGCCGCUCCUCCCACCGUCACCACCACCAACACCGCUCCUCCCGCCGCCGCCGGCCCCCCUCCCCCCAACAACCCGACCCCUUUGCCCCGGACCCUCUAGAUCCAGAAACCGCCUUCCGCGAAUCCCUCUUCGACGCCAUGGCCGACGACGAAGGCGCCGCAUACUGGGAAGCCAUCUACGGCCAGCCAAUCCACAUUUAUUCCAACCCCGAACAUGUCAACCCCGCCACCGGCCACCUAGAAAAGAUGACAGAUGAGGAAUACGCCGAGUAUGUCCGUCAGAAGAUGUGGGAGAAGACCCAUGCUGGCCUGUUGGAAGAACGGGAGAAGCGCAAAAAGCAAAAAGAGGAACAGGCCAAGAAGGACGAAGAAAGAAGGAGGAUAGAAAAAGAAAUGGAGAGGAGUUUUAUACGAGGGGAGGAGAGGCGGGUGAAACGGUCAUGGAGGACGAGGUUUGAGAGGUAUCUACAGAAAUGGGAGGAGUGGGUUAAAGAUGCUGCGCCGGGGGCGGAGAAGAUUCCUUGGCCGAUUGGAGUGGAGAGGGAUGAGGAGGGGGGUUUUAGGGCGGGGGAGGUGAGGACCUUUUUUGUGAAUGGGCUGGGGCUGGAGGAGACUGGGGAGAAGGAGUUUGUGGCUAGGUUGAAGGAGGAGAGGGUGAGGUGGCAUCCGGAUAAGAUACAGCAGCGGUUGUUGGGGGGGUCGGGGACGGUGGAUAAGGGGGUUAUGAGGGAUGUCACGGCGGUUUUUCAGGUUGUGGAUGGGUUGUGGGGGGAGCUGAGGAGGAAUAUGGGGAAGUGA